AUGGAGCCUGCGGCGGGCCGGCCGAGCCUGACCGUGCUGGCGGCGCUGGACUCAGCGCGCACGCAGAUGUACCACCUCAAGGCGAUCGCCGUCGCCGGCAUGGGCUUCUUCACGGGCGCCUACGACCUGUUCUGCAUCUCCACUGUGUCCAGACUGCUCGGCCGCCUGUACUUCCAAGGCGAGAAGUAUGAGCUCCCAGACAGGCCAAGCAGGCAGCCCAUGGGUGUCGACGACACGGUCGUCGGCGUCGCGCUGGUCGGUACGUUCAUGGGCCAGCUCGCCUUCGGCUACCUCGGCGACAGGCUCGGCCGCAAGCGCGUCUACGGCAUCACGCUCGUCCUCAUGGCCGCCUGCGCCCUCGGCUCGGGGCUUUCGUUCGGGUCGUCCCGGAGAGCCGUCGUGAGCACGCUCUGCUUCUUCCGCUUCUGGCUCGGCGUCGGCGUGGGCGGGGAGCACCCGCUGUCGGCGACCAUCAUGUGCGAGUACGCCAACAGGAAGGCACGCGGCGCGUUCAUGGCCGCCGUGUUCGCGAUGCAGGGCGUCGGCAUCGUCUUCGCGUGCCUCGUGUCCAUGAUCGUCUCGGCCGUGUUCCUCCGCUACAACCCGGCUCCGUCAUGGGGCGAGGACCCCCAGCGGUCGGCGCAGCUGCCUGCGGCUGACUACGUCUGGCGCGUCGUGCUGAUGUUCGCCGCGUUCCCGGCGCUCGCGACGCUGUACUGGCGGAUGAAGCUGCCGGAGACGGCGAGGUACACAGCGCUCGUCGCGGGCGACGGGAAGCAGGCGGCGAUGGACAUGCAGGCGGUGCUGGACGUCCCGAUCGAGGGCGAGCAGGAGAAGGUCUCCAGGUACAAGGCGGCCAACGAGUACCCGCUGCUGUCCCGGGAGUUCGCCCGGCACCUCGCCGGCACGACCACCACGUGGUUCGUGCUGCAGAUCACAUUCUACAGCCAGAACCUGACACAAAAGGACGUCUUCCAGGCGAUCCGCCUAACGAGAAGCCCCGCGAACACGAACGCCCUUGAAGAGAUGUUCCAGAUAUCACGGGCCAUGUUUCUCGUCGCGCUCCUUGGCACCUUCCCCGGCUACUGGGUCGCCGUCGCCAUCAUCGACAAGAUCGGCAGGCGCCUCAUCCAGCUGCUCGGAUUCCUCAUGAUGUCCGUGUUCCUGCUGGCGAUGGGCUUGAUGCCGCCCAGGAACGACGACAGUAACGUGCUGUUCGCUCUUCUGUACGCGCUUACCCUCUUCUUCGCCAGCUUGGGGCCAAACUGCACCACCUUUGUUCUGGCGGCCGAGCUGUUCCCGGCACGCCUGCGAUCCACCUGCCACGCCAUCAGCGCCGCUGCAGGCACGGCCGGCGCCAUCACUACGGCCUAUGGAGUUCAGAACCUGAACACACUGGGGUACAUUGUUACCAUCAAGAAGGGGCUAGUCAUGCUCGCCGUCACCAACUUUCUCGGCUUCUUCUUGACGUUCCUCAUCCCAGAGACCAUGGGCCAGUCGCUUGAGGAGAUAUCUGGCGAGGAUGACAAUGCUAGCAUAGGCGCCGCCUCGUUAGUGGAUAUGAGUGUGGAUGAAAACUCUCCCGUUUGA